AUGGUAUUAGGACAAGUCCACGCAACAAGACAUAAAUGGGAAAACGUUGAAAGCACACCCUUGCCAAAGGAUAUCCCUGAAGUCGACGAAGUUGGUGCCACAUCUGCUCCAUUAUUAGCAGCAUCAUUCUACAUUGGUGAAAAGUGUAAGCCAUACAAUGACGACUUUAUGUUGUGUAAGCAAGAAUUCAAUGGGGGUACCUUGGAUUGUUUGAAGGAAGGCAGAAGAGUCACAAGAUGUGCCAUUUCUGUAUUAAAAGAUAUAAAUAAAUAUUGUUUUGACGAAUUCAAGUUGAACUACGAAUGUUUGGAACAAAAUAACCAAAGCUUAGGUAGAUGUCGUGCAUCGGAAGGUGUGUUAAGCAAAUGUAUUUUUGACAAUUUGAAAUUAAAGAAGCAAAUUCCUGGUGUUGAAGCACAAAUUCACGAAAAGAAAAACCCAAUCUACGCAUCUAGUUCAAAGGAUGCAAGAAACGUUGCUGAAUUCUUAAAGACAAAGGAAGUUGCUGCUGCCCAAACCGAUUAA